UCCUUCGCCAUGGAUUUUCCUCGUUCCUUCCUUAAUGAAAGAUCGACGCGCAUAUUGGCUUCUAGGCCGGUGCCAGCCAAUUGUUCCGUGUAUCUCUCUCCACUCUGGAUUGUUUUGAUCUCAAAUCGUGCCGCUACUGCACACAGACGCACCCGUGCUGUGAAUUGGAGCAGUCUAAUUAUGGCUUCAAGAUUUGCUGUUGGAGCUUUGGAGCUUCCUCUCUCCCCUUUUUCGUCCCAGUGCGCUCUCCACUCUCUGAUUGUGGCAGCCUAAACCAAGUGCAGUGCGACAGGAAAUACGGAGGCUUGAUACAUCACCCAAUCCCUCGGUUGCAGGAUGCUGUCGUCGAUGUCGUCGCCCCGAGGUCAUGCGACCGUACGAUGGCAGUACAUUUCGAGUGGAUACAGCACGUACUGGUAUGUGAAAUCUGUGCUUCGCUGGAUGUCCGUCGUCGCCGGUCUCGCCGCCUUGAUCAUCAUCGGCGUCUUGUGCGGUAGUCAUGCAGCUGCUUCGGGCACUUCAUUGCUUGACAUUGAUCCAAUACUAUUGAUCGUUGCCCCACUAUUAUCAUUUAUCACCAGUGUCUUUGCAACCACGCUAUUGUUCAGACAACGAAGGAACAGUCUAAUCAAUCCUGGCUGGUUACUGGCUGGAGACCUCUUCAAUGCUUUGUUCCUCUUAGUGAUCCUAGCUUUGAACAGGUCGGGCGAUUCUUACUACUGGUCAUAUUCUGACUUCAGUGGCUCCGGCAUUGCAGCACUGAUGGAUGCUCCGUGGGGACUCAAUCUUGCACUCGCCAUCUUGCACGGCAUUCUGUUUUUGCUUGACACAUGGGAGGUCAACAUAUACCGAAGAAUGAUGAGGGAACAGUGUGAGGAUGCCGACGUAGAGGACCUAGAAACCGGACCCUCUGCUUCCAAAUCUGGCUUCGUUGAGCCCCAUGCUGUGUCUGAAGAUAUCGAGCUACAGUCGACUACUUCAGCACAUUCUCCGAGAGACGAAUUACCGCCCUCGACUCCCCCAGUCCAAAGCCCGGAUGCAAUGGUUGGAGUCCCAGGCACAUUGCGGGUCGAAUUACCCGACGGACGCAUCCUGGAGUUGCCUGAAGGAUGCCGUGUAGAGCUGCCUGCUGAGCACCGAGUCGAGAUGCCCAACAAUUCUUUGAGGAUCAACACACGGCCGUUUGAGCUGGAUGCGACAUCAACGGCGUCGACUCAGUGGUAUAACAGUCCAUCUAUCGCUCCGUCGUACAAGACGCGAGACUGGAAUGCUAGUUAGGUCUAAUUAACGGACACUAUGCUUCGAUCUCAAAUUAUGAAUACUCCUGAGAACGCUCGCCUUACGCUUGUGUCGAUAUCUUCCC